CGUAAUCCGAACGGAUGGCCUUAUAAAAUAAGUUGCAACUACACAUGUAUCAUUAAGAUUUAUUUUCUCACACAAAACAGACCAAACUUAAUUUGUGAACAAAUAUGAAGUAUUUUGGAUUUAUUCUCUUCGUUAUCCUGUCAGUGAUAUGUGUAGGUGAAGGUCACCUUUGGGGAAGAAGUAGAAGAACACACCGAUGGAGACCUGGAACUAAAGAUAUGGAAGGAUCUUGUACUUUUGAUCUCCCAUGUGAUGUUGAAACAGAAACAUUUAAAGUUAAAAUUCACAUUCUCGGAUUCGUAAAAUCUGCAGAGGUUGCAGGACCGUUCAGUGUAACGCGCCAUGGAUUCUUUAAACAUGGAUUUUACAUCAGAAACACCGAAAACUUAUUCCAAGGAACAAAUGAAGUGGACUUUACUGCGCGGUAUUGGGGCUGGUUGAAACCGAGGUACAGCUGUUCACUCAUAUGCUACACUUGUAUCACAACGCCACCACCUCCGCCGCCAACACCAACACCAACAACCACGCCAACACCAACAACCACGCCAACGGAAACACCACCAGUUGUCAAUAUUGAUGUUGAAUAAACUUUUUACAAAUAUUCUUAAAAUCAGUCCAACUAUCUAUAAUACUAAAAUUACGAGGUCCAAUUUGUCAGCCGUCAUCACGUAAAAACGACGAAUCACAGAAUUCAACUUUAUAUAUAACUAAUAUAGUACAAAGGUGUAGAUGAAAAAUUACACCACUCCAGGCCCUUUUGUUUUCCACGUAAUUAAUAUUGCCAAUAAUUAAGAGGUUCCGGGUCGAGUUCGAUACCGAUACCAAUAGUAUAUUCACCUGUUACUUAUUACCUUAUCUGUACGUUCCGCAUCUGCCAGGCGCACCACCAAACGGUGUUAAAUAUGCUAUAUACACUUCAAUUUGUUAGAGGGCAUGACGUAAAACAGCGAAUCAGAGAAUUCAACUUUUUUAUAACUAAUAUAGGACAAUGCUGUUGAUUAAAAAAUACUCCAUUUUAGGACCUUUGGUUUUCCAAAUAAUUAAUAUUACCAAUAAUUGAUAAGUUCCAGUUCGACGGCUUCAAACAGAAAGAUUUGAAAGCAGAGAAAAAACUGUGUAUCUUAUAAUCGGCAUGACUUUAUCAGAUGACAAUACUAAUACUAAAAUGAGGCUUGCGCAUAGUUAUAUACUUAA